AUGCACCCUCGGCGCAGUGCCCAGCACGUCCUACUGUGUGACUUGUGUACAACUGUCUCCCCACAGCGUCACUGUGAACUUUGUCAUGUAGAUCUCUGUACUAACUGUGUAGGUACACACAUUUCUGAUUCGUCUAGAAGACACAAUGUCGUGCCCUAUAAACACAGAAAGUCUACUAGCUACCCAAAAUGUCCAAAGCAUGCCGACAAACACUGUGAACUUUACUGUGAGGAAUGUAGCAUUCCUGUCUGUUCUACCUGUGUCUCCUCUGGUAAACACAAAGGUCACAAUAUAUCUGAUGUUCUGAAAACAUUCAGCUUUAAAUCACAUGGUUUGCAAAAUGAUUUGAAAGAACUCGAGAGCAGAAUUUAUCCCCGAUAUGAAGAAAUGGCGUCCGAUGUCCAAACUGAGAAAGACAAGUUACAAACGAAUUACGAGGAACUGACAACAGCCACCGACCAACAAGGAGAAGUCUUGCAUCAAGAGAUCACCGCCAUCGUCAACCAACAGAAAUUCAACAUCGAGGAGAUGAAAAACAAACACCUUGCUGUGUUAAAUAAACACAAGGAUGAAAUCACGCAAAGCAUUAAAGAACUCAAAAGGAUAAUUCAGGACCUGAAGAAAAUACUGCAUAAUAAUGAUGUUUCAUUAGCAUUUACUUACAAAUCUAAAAAUGCCGAGUUUAGAAAACUACCCUCUACAGUCCGAAUAUUACAUUACCAAGUUUUUCUCCAUCCGCAAUAA